AUGAGAUCUUCCCUACCGAAAACUGUUAAAAAUCAUGAAAAACCGAAUGCCGAAAUCAUACAAAUCCGCGGUCCCGGAAACAGUAUAACCCAAUUCGAUAGAAAAGGUUACGUAUUGACGAAAAAAAUUUCGGAUUUUGAAAAAGCAUCAAGGAAAGCCAUUUAUCAAAUGAGACAACUUCAAUGCGAAGGUGUCGUACCCUUGAAAAAAACAAAACAAUUUAAAUUUAUUUGUUCGCCCGGACGUAUAUUCGUAACCGCUCUUAAAUUAUCCCUCAUGAAUUACGAAAUCGAAAGUUCCGGCGUUGAAUAUUAUCCGAAAUACGUUGUCGGUUUGAAGAAAAAAGAUCAAGUCACUUGCGAAAAAUUUUUAAGAGUCAUGAGACAAUUGCCUAACAUAAUUUCAAUCAAUGAUAACAUUCAGAGAGAUUUGACGUGA